UGGCUAACCUCCCAAUUUGUGUUUCGUUUCCAGGUUAUCCUGUUCAUGCCAACAUGAAUCUUGGGACCGUAUCAAAUCAAAAGAACAUGUGUUGAGCAUCUAGGUAGCCACCCUCAAACUGAGCUGUCCUUGUGUGAUUUGAGUUCUCCUAUAUCUAGCGUUGUUUCAUUACUAGCUACAAUGUUAUCGCUAAGAACGGCAAGUCUAUGGCUCAUGAUAGCCGCUGCGACAGGAGGAGCCAUAGCACUCGAGCUGCCCAACUUUCUCACCAAAGAUGUUGUUAUCAUUGGCGGCGGUGCUUCUGGUGCCUACGCCGGCGUCCGUCUCCGGGAUGACUUUAACAAGAGCAUUGCAAUCGUGGAGAUGCAGGAUAGACUGGGCGGUAUGGUCAACACGUACAUUGACCCUGCGACAGGUACCCCGUAUGACUACGGUGUACAGUCUUUCUUGGAUCUUGGUAAUGCAACGGGGUUCUUCGAACGCUUUGGUAUCGAAACAGCUCCUUUAAGCCAAACAAACGUCACCACUGAGCACAUCGAUUUCAAUACCGGUGCAGUCGUCAACCUCACUCUACCAUCAUUUCCCGAUCAGGUAACCGCUCUUCAGAAAUUUCUUGAUGUGGUGAAGCCUUGGACGGACUACUUACAACCAGGGUACUGGAAUUUUCCUCAACCGGCUGAUAUUCCCGAGGACUUUCUGAUCCCAUUCGGUGACUUCAUUACCAAAUACGGCCUCGAGGAUGCUAUUCCUCUGAUUUAUGAGACGACAGGAUUGGGGCUUGGGAAUAUGACCCAGGCAACGACCAUGUUUGAGCUGCAGGCAUUCGGUACGUACAUGGCACAGGCUAUGACCGGUCAGCUUAACUCCUAUCAUCCUUCCAGUGGAGGCAACCAAGCGCUAUACAACGCGAUCCAGAAAGAUCUCGGUGAUGACGUUCUGUACAAUAGCACCGUCAUUCGGAGUUUACGCACCAAAUGGGGAGUUCUCCUAACUGUCCAGAACCACGCCACCGGUCACGCUACCCUGAUUACUGCCCGCCAACUCCUUAUUGCUAUCGAGCCAACUGAUCAGAAUCUGGCUCCAUUUGACCUGGAUGACAACGAGCGGACUGUGCUCUCAAAAUUCACAUAUACCAAAGAGUACUCCGGCAUUGUCAACAAUUCAGCAUUCGCCCCCGGCAUGUCGUACACUAACAUGGCCGCCGGUGCUGCUCCGGACAAGUACCUCAUCCUACCCAACUUCCCCUUCACAAAUGAGGUUAGCUACAUAGGUGGCGAUAAUCUUUUUCGUGUCAUUAUCGCCGGAGAUGAUACACUCGACGAGGCCAGCGCCAAGACAUUGAUGCAAAAGAACUUUGAGACACUGCUCAAAGCCGGUAGACUGGCCGAACCAUACAAUGGCCAGCAGAUCGAGUGGGUUUCGUUUUCGAAUCAUGGGCCAAUGCAUGCUCGUGUGUCCGUGGAGGAUGUUCAGGCUGGUUUAUUUCAAGAUCUCAACGCACUACAGGGGCAGAGGUCGACUUGGUGGACUGGAGGGGCGUUUUCAUGUAACUUCCAGACAACUCUGUGGGAGUUUGAUGAGACUCUUAUUCCGAAAAUACUGGCCAAUCUUGGAUAG